CAAUUUCAUCACCAUACCUACCUCAACUUUAAUAAAAGGACAUUUCGCAUCAUUUCCAAGCAUCGAUUUUAUCAGUGCGGUUUUUCACCCUUGUUUCCCCCUACGUCAGAGUCACGAGGAACGAAUGCCAUACUCGGUUUAUCCUCGCUUGAAUUGAGCAUUGUGAACAUCUUAAGCGCUGCAAGCUCUCCAUUUGCAACAUGUCGACACCGAUACCAAAAGAUGGCCAACCACCCGCAAAACCUCGUCUAAAGAUUAACGUCAGCCGGUCUUCCUCUUUCGUCGCUGAUGCGAAUGCGACACCUUCAGUCUCGGCCCCGGCUGGCCCAGCUGCUCCGACUCCAACUCCGACGGAAGGUAGCCGCAAAGUGAAGCUCAAGAUCGGAAAAUCGCAGCCCUCAACGCCUGCGGAACAACCACCAGUGAAGACGAAAGCUGGCCGACAACCUAAGCCCACACAGAAACUCGUUGAGAGCAAGAAGCGCGCACACGAUGAACUGGAUGAUGAGCUAGGCUCGGCGCAUCCAACAACAAAAAUAAAACUUAAGCCAACGAAAUCAGGGCUCACUCCAACGGUCGUGGUGAAGCCAAAGGGACGCGCACCAGUACAUCCGCCAGGAGAUGGUUAUGACUCAGAGGCGAGUGAUCGGGAGAAGGAUCCAUCGAUAGAGGAACAAUUUGUCCUGAGGAUGCUACCAGGAGAGCACUGUGACUAUGUGCGCUGGUGCAUGGAGAAUGGCAAGAUGGGCAUUCCUCGGAGCCAGGGAGGAGCAGACAUUCAACUCAAAUUCUUUGAAGAGGAUUCUCGAAGGGCGGUCGUGUCAGUCAAAGGUCAACCGUUUGCCGCUGUUAUGGUGGACCUGCCUACAGUUACAGAAGCGAUGAAGACAUGGGAUCGCAAAUCAUUUCUCAAGUCUGCAGACAUCUGCCAAAUGCUUCUGGUUUACCAGAAAGUUUCCACCGAAGCUGAAGCAAGACAAACACCUCUACCAAGCAUGAUCGACCAACACUUCAAAUGGCCACACGGCCUAACACCGCCCAUGCACGAUUGUGUGAACCGGCGAUUCGCCAAGACCAUUAGUCGAAAGGAGAUUGAGGAUAAGGAAGCAGAAGUCGAACGCCUGCUCGCCGAGGAUGCUAAAGCCGGCUCUACGCGCUGGGAAUGGGUCGACGAGAGCAAAGACGACGACGAGGAAGGCGGAGAUGAGGAUGCCGAAGGCGAUAUGGAUGAUGACGAUGAUGGUAUGGACUACUUCCAGAGCCAAGAUGUAUUCGGAGAUGGCGACGAUGACCUUGCAGCCGAUCUGGAGGCCGCUUUCGGGGAAAUGGGCGAUGAAACUCCCGCUACCGGUAUGGAUGCUCCAACGCCAAUGACGACUACACAGGCCAAUACCCCCGCGCCACUCCAAGAUAGCAUUGAGUCGGAUGAGUCCGAGGAAGUUUCGGAUGAUGAUGACGACGACGACGAUGAGGACCUGGACGAGGAUGCUCGAGCCCAGCGCGACGAGGAAAAGGGUGUCAAGUCUUUCAUCAACGACCUGAAGAACCAGCUUGCCAGCAAGCAAGAAGAACUGGCCCGUAAUACAAACAAGCUCCUCCGGACUCGUAUUGAGCAGACCAUCAAGCAGCUCAGGGCAGAGAUUGAACUCAAGAACUCGUCUAUCGGUAUCGAGACAGAUGACUGAUGAGGGAGUAGAAAUCGGUGCACGGUGUAUAUCAGUUGCUGGGAAGGCAGCUGAGUGUAUGGUAGGUAGACGGCGUUAAGGUGUAGCCCAAGAUCUGGGCAAGCGAUGAUUUGAUUCUGGAUUUGGACCCCAAAAUACCACAUUUACUAUUGCUCAACCAACUGCUAGUAAAGCUUUCAUACCUCACAAGUUGUCUCCGUUGCGUGCUUGCUCGCUGAUGUGAAACAUUAUACUUAUACACCAGGAUAAAGAUAGAGCCCAAACACGUUUGAACACCAUCUUUGUAACACAUUUUCAUUGAGUAAAAGAGGAA